AUAGAUGGAUUGAAUUGCCUUAAUAAACAAUCAAAUUCUCUUCCUCUCCCAGGCUACUAGACAAGUCAGCUAUUCUUCCUGAAGGUGUUAAUCCACAGCCAUGGAAAGUCUGCACAGUGACCCAAGUUGAAGAAGUAAAGUUAUUAACAAGGAUGAUGCCAAUUAUAGCCAGCACAAUCAUAAUGAACACAUGCUUGCCUCAGCUACAGACAUUCUCAGUACACCAAGGAUACUUCAUGGAUCCCAACAUUUUCAACAAAAAGUUCCCUUCAGCUUCUAUCCCUGUGACUCCUCUGUUUUUCAUAGCAAUCCCAAUACCUAUCUACGAAUUCCUCGUUGUCCCUUUUGCCAGGGAGAUUACCGAACACUCAUCUGGCAUAACGCAGCUGUUCUGGCUUUCGUUCCAGUACGGGAUCUUGCGGGCUGGCAGACAUGUUUACCGUUGUUGGGUUGAUGGAGUUCUUCUACGGGGAAGCUCCGAUGGGGAUGUAGUCGCUGUCCACGUCGUUCGCGUUGUUGCCUCUGUCGUUUGGGUACUUUCUCAGCAGUGCCUUUGUGGACAUCAUAAACUCGGGAUCAACUAUUUCUUCUCCGAGGAUUACGACGGAGAUCAGUGUAAAGCCGGUCAACAUUUUCAAAUAAACGUGACUCACGGCCAGGGCCUCCCGAAGAGCCUACAGGACCCGUCCGAAGACGCUCCGGCUCCCAACAGUCCGGACUUUGCCGGUCCCGACUCCGCGCCGGACACCAUUGUCCCGUCGAAUUUCAAUCAUCCGAUCGAUGAUGAAACUGAUGAUCAUACCGAGAAUUCAGGAUCCAAUUCUCUGUUUGGUGAGUUCCCUGUCAAGAAACUGGCCAAUGGCUUUGCGGUUUUAUUAGGAAUUUUCUUCAUAUUUUGAUUAUUUCAAGUUUGACCUUCUUUUCUUUUACUUUUUAAAAUUAAACACCUUACUUUUGUUUGUGAGUGUCCGUGUGAUUAGUAAAUAGGGAUUGCAUUUAUUCUUGUGUAAUAUCAAUAGAAAAUUUAAGAUUAAAGUUUUAAUCAGUCGUGUUUUCAUUGAAAAAGCAGGUUUUCUGUUUUGUAAUAAUGUAAGAGAUUGUGUAGGAGUUCCUAAAAUUAAGUCAUAUGUAUGUGAAUUAAAGGAUAAUUUUCUUU